AUGUCUUCCACCAUGGAAUCUGUCUCAUCAGAACCUCAAAGUCUAUCUCCCAUACCGCGACCCCCGCGCUCAAAACGCGGUCGUCUCUCCCUCGCGUGCACACAAUGUCGCAAGCGCAAAGUGCGAUGCGACGCGACGACGCCCAAGUGUCGCAAUUGCGUCCUUCGAGGCGAUGAGUGCCAAACCUUUGACCCGCGACGUCCCAAUGGCCCGGCGGUGAGGAAAUGGCCACACAAGAGCUCGCAGAGCAUCUCGUCGUUAUCACCAGUACAGCGUCGAGCCUCUAUUGCGAGUCAGCAGAGCUCUCCGGCCUCGCUCGUGUCGCAGCACACAGCCACGACACCUUUGUCGGUUUCUGGAAACAAAGAAAGACUUCCGUCAUGGAUUGAGCGCGCGUACCAGGAGACCCAGAGCACUCCGGAGAGCGGCACCGACGGGCAGAGCAAUGAUAGCCCUGACGUGGUGAUGAACACCGACGAGUCGUCGCAUCGUAUCAAGUACAUGGGCUCAAGCAGCUUACAAUGCCUCACCCGGUUUAUCGAUCUCUUCCUUCAGCGACGCGGCUUAGACCCCAUUGGCCGCCAUUUCCGAUGGGGAAUGUGCUUCACCGAAGAAUACGCAUUACCACUGGUGCCCAGCCUGCCAGAUCUACCCAGCAUGUCAGUCAUGGAACCCUGCUUAAAGAAAUACUUCAGUCGCACACAUCCCCUCGUCCCUGUGCUCGACCAUACUGCUUUCAUAUCCGAUGUCCUCCGCUUUUCAGACCUCCAACAAACUUGUGCGACGGGACUGCAAGGAGCUAUCACCUCGGUUGAUGCACCUGCUCUAGCUGCUAUUUACGCUGUCUUGAGUAUCGGCAUGGACGACCAUGAGGGUACAAUAUCACCGGCAGCAACUGGCUAUCUCACUGGAGCUUACUCCCUGGUGAGCCACUUACUGAGUUUUCCGUAUAUGAGUUCAGUGCAAGCUCUUGUCCUACUCGCUGUGGCUAUGCGCGCAAGAGGGAAAGAAGGCCAAUGCUGGCAUUUACUCGGCCAAGCCAUUCGAAUCGGCUACUCAAUAGGCUUCCACCGAAAGAUCCCAGCAUCAAAUCCGAACCAAGAUUCUGGCAACCAAGUCGACCGCAAAUUACACUCUAGAGUAUGGUGGGCUUGCUAUGCUUUAGAGAAGUCCAUGCAGUUGGAGACCGGCCGCCCAAGUGCGAUAGAGAUAACGGAUUGCGAUCAACCUAUACCAGAUAAGAGUACUGAUUUGGAUCCAUACUUCAUUCGAUGGGUUUCUCUUUCUCUCCUAAUUGGGAAGAUCAGUGAGCAUAUCUUUCAAAGGAGAGCAGAGACUGCAUUCGAAUUUCUGUCCGGCAUUGGGGUUAUGGACCAGGCCUUGAUUGAUUGGCUAGACGAAACGUCUGAGGAUACCAAGUCAAGUCAGAACAACGCGAAUACCUCCGAAGAGCGGUCGUUUGCAGUUUUCCUCUCUCUCCAGUUCCAUCAAGCACAAAUUACAUUGCUGAGAGCAUCACUCAUCUUUCCCGAGAGUUCAUUUAGUAAGGAAGUGUUGAAACACGAAACCAAGCUCCAAAGUACAUCACGGCUACUACAAAGCCAAACGACCUGCGUGGAGGCUGCAAGGUCUAUCAUUACCCAAGUGGCCGAAUUUGCAGACUCACAGCCUGACUUCUUACUUCUCACUCCAACCCCAACGUUCCUCGCAGGGACAACACUUGCCUUGCAAACGUUCAAGAAACCGCACAAGCGCAUGGGUAGAUCGGAUGGGGAGCUUGUUAGAACGGCUUCCGAUUAUAUCGCUGACUGUUACCGUCGCUGCGGCCAACACAGCGAGUUCAUCAAAGGUGUGCUGGAAUUAUCGGAGCGGGUGAACCAGGUCUUGUCGGGAGAUACCAUGUCUGUUGACCAGACACAGCGACCGUCUCAGCAAGAUCCGCAAGAUGCGAGUAUUGAUCAGAGCCUCUUGUCGCCGAGUCAAUUCUGUGAUGUUGGCGCAGAUUCGUUCGUGUUCGAUCCGCUCGAAUAUUUCCAGGAUCCGUUCCAAGCUAUACCGUUGGACCACUUCUGGGCCGUGAUGGAAAGUGAUUUUGCGACUAUAGGCGAUCAGGGCCUGUGUUGA